AUGGGUAUAAUACUUUCUUUCAUACGUAAAUCGUCAAAAAACCAUUCCGAGUCCCCUUCUGCCUCACCAAUAAUUUCGCAUCCGUACCCUUUAGGUACUCACCCACAACCGUUAUAUGCCGACGGAUAUAGUAGAAUCAUCUCUCCUGCUCCUGCUCCUGCUUCUGCUUCUGCUUCUGAGAUGCAAGAUGAGUGUUCGCAUGAAGAUCAGGCUCAAGAUGAAGAUGAAUAUCCAAAUAUAGACGAAGGCCAAAUUCAGGACAAUGAACAUCAAGACAAAGAUGAGGACCAAAAUCAAGCUUUAAAACCCCAAGCUAUCCAACAUUGCACAAAUUCCUGCUCAUCUCCAAUCAAUAGCAACGCUUCGAAUGCUACUUUCAAAGCCAGAUUAAGGAAAAUACAUAGAGUAGAAGGUGAUUGGGAUCUUGUACGUCAGAGUGAUUGGGAAGAGAAUUCGUAA